GAUUUGUUUACUUCGUUUAAACGCAUCUGUAAUAAUUGUAAAACAAAUUAAUCUGAUUAAAUCGAUUAAAUACUUUAAAAAAUUCCGAAAAAGAGAAGAAUUCGGGAAUCGUUACUUAGAAGAAAUGGAUGCUGCCGAUCGUCUCCUACAAAACGACGAGCAUAAGCCCCGUGAUAACUCAGAUGGAAUAAUAUUCGCACCGCCUAAACCUUCAGUUAAACGUGAUAUUACGAAUGAAUGUCAGUUGUUUAUAAAAGCUGAGGAUGGUGGAGGAGAUGCAUCAAUAAAAAUCAAUGAAAAUAUGCCCGGGGAGGACAGUGGAAAACCAAAGUUUGUAACAUCAACUCCUGAUGAAAAAAAGGAAAGCCCUUCUGAAAAUCAAAUUGCUGAUUCUAAUCCAGAAUGUGAUAUGGAAGGUGUUCCAGAACUACCUUUAGAUGAAGGAUUGCCUAGCACUGUCACAGUACUAGAUGCGCCUGAUGGCGGAAAGGUGUAUUUAAUCGGUACUGCACAUUUCAGUCUACAAUCACAAGAAGAUGUAUCUCGGGUAAUACAAGAGGUAAAGCCCCAUAUUGUUACAGUUGAGUUAUGCGUUCAGAGAACCAAUAUUUUAUUGCUCGAUGAAGAAGUCAUUCUUAGAGAAGCUAAAAAUAUUAACAUCAAGAAAAUAAGGGCAACAAUGGCUCAAAAUGGUGUCUUCAAUGGACUCAUGUACAUUCUUCUCUUAAAUAUGUCUGCUCAUAUCACCAGAGAGUUAGGUAUGGCACCUGGUGGGGAAUUCCGACGUGCUAUGGCAGAGGCGAAAAAGAUUCCGAACUGUGUUGUACAACUCGGUGACAGAGCGAUCGACGUUACCUUGCAUAGAGCUAUCGCGUCACUCUCCUGGGGACAGACUAUAAGAUUCAUAUGGCAUUUACUUACGUCUAAUCAAACUAUAAGCUUAGAAGAAGUGGAAAAAUGUAAACAGAAGAAAAUGUUGGAUGAUAUGUUGGAGGAAAUGGCUGAAGAAUUUCCCGCAUUAAAGCAAGUGUUUGUAGUUGAAAGAGAUAUGUUCCUGUGUCAUUCCCUGCAAGUAGCUGCUCUGCAGCCGCGUCACGAGCCUUGUCGCAUCGUGGGAGUCGUUGGGAUCGGCCACGUCGGCGGCAUCGUGGAGCACUGGGGCAAGAUCAAGCCAGAAGACAUUCCGCCUUUGUUACUAGUGCCGCCGCCGUCGCUGUCGACCCGCGUGCUGCGCUCGAGCGUGCGCGUGGCGUGCGUGUGCGGCGUGCUGUACGCCGCCUACCGGCUGUUCCCACGCCGCCUGCUGCCCUGAUACUGAGUUGGUAACACGUCGACGUCGAUUCGAAGGCUACGAAACUUGUCUGUCGGCUCACAUUUUACGUCCGGACGAGCGCGCCUGCCUCAAUGAUAAGAUGUAACAUGUUCGCAAGUCGUUAAAAACAUUUUUACGUUUUGUUUCUCUUUUAUUUUAAUAUAGACGAUUUUCCGUGACCAUGGAAAUUGUAAAGACAGCGUUAAAAAUAGAGAAUUGUUAAAAAAAAAAAUAAUAAAAAUAAGAUUAAACCGUAAAAUUGUUUUUGAUCUUGUCUAUGAUUAUGAAAAUCUUGAAAAAAGAAACUAAGUUCGCAAAUUUUAUUAAUAAACGAAAAAAGAAAAAUUAUAAUUAAUAAUAUAAAAAUAAAUGAAAUAGAUAUAUAUAAGGAAAAUAGGUUAUUAUAAUCCUUGAUAAGGUAUAUCACCUACACAUAUUAUACUGAAUUUAAAUGUUGCGCAUGUGCGCAAUUUAAUAUUAUUAGUUCACAGCUGUAGAUUACUUACCGGUUCUAAUUACCCUUUUACGGGAUCCAGUUUCGAUUUCCGGUUAGAUUCAAUAUUUAUUUUAGAAAAAUAUUUCCUUUGCACCAAUUAAUUUCACAGUUUUAAUUGGCAAGCAUUAAUGAGUCUCACUCCUACUACGUAACUUUGAGUUGCAUUUUCUUUGAAAAUGACUUCGUAUUAUGGUAGUAUGAAUUAUAAUGUGAAACUGUACUUUUGUUGGCGCUUGACUGUGUAUCAUAGCAUGGCGGACCGCAAAUCAAUUUACGAAUAUUAGGAAUACAUUUUUUUCCCUACCUAUUCGUCAGUAGUCUAAGGGGCUAUUCCGACAUCUUCGACGUAAAUUCCGCCACCCACAUCGAGACAUAAGUUUUAAGGUCUCAGUUUUUAUAGUACAUAUAAACAAAUAAACUUUACAAUAAAACAAAAGUAUAGUGCUAUGAGUCAUUUGUAUUGGAGCGGUUAAGAACACGUAAGGAUACGCCGAAGAUGCCUCAAGACUGCGAUCGCUACCCAAAGUGGCCUUUUGUACAUUAAGCUCUCGUUGCAAAAGUGUUUUGCGCAUUCGAAUUUAAAAUUUUGUUCUUAUGUUACAAAUAAAUAACUUUUAACAAUAACAAUUUAUAAUAUACAUACCUUCAAGACGAUGAUUUUGCUCCAUUUGUUGUAUUUAAAAUGCAAGUUUAAAUAAACAUGUUGUAUUUUGAUAAGUGUCUUGUAAUUUUUGUUACAGUAAGUACUAGAGAGUACUUAAUACACUGUAUUAUUUAUAUACUAUUCAUUAUAUAUCCUGACUUAUUAUAUAAUGUAAUGUUUCCUAGUACUUUCUGUGAAGUUUUUGUUUUUUACGCUUAUUGCAAUAAUAAUUGAGUCAAAAUUUUACAGUAAGGACUGUGAUAAUUUAAAAGGUAAAAAAAAUCCAUCCAUGUUAUUAUAGAUAGAUCGUAGAAUUUAUAUAAUUGAAUACAGUUUGUAUAUUAUUCAUAUUUUUAGUAUUAAUUAAAACAUCGUUUUAGGCAGGACUAUGUACUCAACUAUUUGAGUUUUAACUGAAUAAAAAUAAUAAUUACCUAGUGUAUUACUGAAUAGUACGUAUUUGUUCGUAGCAAGUACUAGGUAGUCGUUAAGAAUUGGAUUUGCGAACAGUAUACACAGAUAAUUAGAACUUUAAGGCACAGCUUCUGUUUAGCUUUUUGUUUAUUAUUUUACAGUUUUUGUACUAAACAAACAAGAUAUUUUAAUCUAAAACCACCAUUCAUAACAACAAGCGUUUAUUGCUUAAUUAAAGAAUUCUUUGUAGAUUUUAACGAAGGGAAGUUGGUGUUGCCUUAUUUAAAAAAAAAAACAAAUUAAUAUGGCAAUACUUUUCGGAGGAUGCUAUUGUGUUGCCUUAUUAAAAAUGAAACAAAUAAUGGCAAUGUUUUACGGAUUGACAAUAGAAGUCUAUAACCAAGCACAAAAAUACUGAUUGCGGGUUGCUUCUGUGUGAAGAGCUUAGUAUUGGUGGAUUACCUAAAUCAUGUGUGAAGCUUAUAAUGGUAACGAGUGUAUGAAAAACCGUAAAAUUCUAGAAGAAAGUUAUUUAAAAUUAAUUGAACAAUAACGGCAAACACCAUAAACUCUAUUGUUAUUUUUCGAAUUACAUAAAAAGAAGAGUUUGUUUGUUCGUUUUCUAUGCGUUAAUCCGAUUGAAUUGAAACUUCUAUAGAGGGGUAGAUGCUAUUAAUUUGCAUUGAAAAUGUCUGGUCUAAUAUCAUGAAUGUACUACAAUCAUUAUCGUUAUUUGCGAGUAGAUUCAAUAAAUAUGUUUAUUAUCCUUUAUAUAAUAUAUAAAUUAAAUAUGUUUAAUAUGUUUAUUUUCGAACAGAGAUAAAGACAGCCAAGCGUGACAGAGAUUCACUGGUCGUCCUGCUGAACUGUAUAAGAAUAAUAUUAAAUGAAACUUAUGAAUAUGGAUAGGUGUAUCUCAUCUGAUGUAUAAGAAGAUUUCUAUUCCUUAUGACUAUGUAGUUAGUUAAAUAUACAUGUAGUUGUAUAUCGUUCAAACAAUACUAUAGAAUUUAUUACUACUAUUUUAUGCUGGUUGUUUCUCGAUAUUAAUACAUUAAAUAUAAUAGACAACAUUAAGUACAAUGAACAUGUUACCAUCUUUGAAAUGAACGUUAGGUCUAAAUUUUGUAAGUUUAAUUUUAAUAUUUGCCAAUAAAUAUCUUAUUAGUUACUGA